AUGAGGCGAGUUGCGAAGCAGUGCUCGCUUUUGCUUGCAGCACGGCUGGUGCUGUUGCUGGUGGUGUCUGUCUCCGUUGGUGGGCGCUGUGCCGUGUGCCGGGCUGAGGUUGUGUUGGAGCAGGACGUUGCAGGCGCAUUCCACCUCAACACAAGCGAUCCGUCAAGCCAGCCCGUGUUCGUGAACGGCCUGAACGUCAAUGCAGCAAUUAGCACGUUGCUAGAGACUGUCACUGCGCAACAGAUCACCCUCGACGCACAACAAAGCAUCAAUACUGUUCUGCAAAGCACUAUUGACGCACAGCAGAUUACCAUCGACGCACAGGAGAGCAUCAAUACUGUUCUGCAAAGCGCCAUCGAUGCACAGCAAAGCACCAUCGACGCACAGCAGGGCCGGAUUGAUGCUCUGCGAGCAGAGGUGUGCCACGCAAACGCAAGCAUCUUCGGAGGACAACUCAGCACGCUGACGUUCUUGUGGAUAGGCGGUGUUCUCGCCAACAACGGCCUCAUCUACGCUGCACCCUACAACUCGCCAUCUGUGUUGAUCGUCGACCCAAGCACCAACACCUUCGACACAACCACCAUCUCUGGAUUCUCGGACAGUGGGAACAAGUGGGCCGGAGCCGUUUUGGCGUCCAACGGCCUCAUUUACAUGUUCCCGUCCUUUGCAACCACGCUGCUCAUCGUCGACCCCGACACCAACACUACUGACACCACAAGCAUUGAGACGUCUGUUGAUGGCAACAACAAGUGGUUUGGAGGUGUGGUGGCGGACAACGGCCUCAUCUUCGGCAUACCGUUUUUCGCCACGUCUGUGCUGAUCGUCGAUCCAGAAACGAACACCACUGACACCACGACCUUGGCUGGCCUUCCCUCUGACUCCAGCAAGUGGUAUGGCGGUGUGCUCGCGCCCAACGGCCUCAUCUACGGCAUUCCCAACUCGGCAGCUUAUGUCCUUGUCGUCGAUCCAGUUGCCCUCACGACGGACAUCACCACACUGGCUGGUUUAGACACUGCCUCCUUCAAAUGGCGUGGUGCCGUGCUUGCACCAAACGGCCUCAUCUACGCCAUCCCAGAAAUGGCUGCGGCGAUGCUUGUCAUUGAUCCAGCCACCAACGCCACAGAUGUGCUGGUUGUCGCUGACGAGGCAAGCUCGCGCAAGUGGCGAGGCGGUGCGCUCGCGCCCAACGGCAAUAUCAUUGGCAUUCCACACGACUCGGGGUCCGUCCUCAUUGUCGACCCCGCCACCAACGCCACGGACACCACAACCAUCACAGGCCUCAACGCCCUCGAUGGAUCCAGGAAGUGGAACGAUGCUGUGCUCGCCAACAACGGCCUCAUCUACGGCAUCCCGAGCCAUGCUGACACGGUGCUCGUCAUCGACCCCGGCUGCUGACUUUGUGUUCACCUGGUCAAGUUAUGCGCACUGUCCAUCUCACAUGAG